AUGCCGCCCUCAGAUCGCUCAGCUGCUCGUCAGUUGGUGCAAAGCAUCGCCAACGACCACGGAUACCGUGAUGAAGGUGUGUAUAGCCAGAUGACGCCCGACGUACGCCGUCGGGUGGAGGAAGCGUUGAUGAAGAAGGACAAAAUGAUUGGAUCUUCUGUUAUAACCGAGGAAGACCAUCCAAAACCCAACCGAAUCUUGGAAGAAAAUGUGUUUCCAAUCAGAUAUCCCAACAACAGUGAUCGUGUUGUGUUGCGUUCUACGAAGACGGAUUUCACGAUAGCAGACCGCGAACACCUCUUGGAGCUAUUCGCCGACAGGGCCAAGAGAUUGGACUUCAGUGUCAAUGAAAUACUUCGACUGGAACCCUUUUUUGCGAUGGAUGGGCUUGGAAAGUCAUUAUAUGUCACGUUCUGUCAAGACCGAGACAUAGCUUUGAAGGCACACGGAUUGCUCCGCAUCGCAGUACACUUCCGAAGCCCUCAAGUCCGGAAUGGCGAACGACCUUUCUAUGAUGAACUCAAGAAAAUCAAAGUUUACGAGACGGGUAGCAUAACGUCCCAACUUCAUCUUAGCCAAGAUGAAAAGAUCAUUAUAGUUGAAUUAGGCAGAAGCGAUAUACAUCUUCAGGACCAUGAAGAUGGGCUCAGAAUAUAUGUACCACGAGAUGAGGAUUUGCAGUAUCAAUGCUUCCUUGACAGAUUCCAUGAAGCGCUCUUAGAAUGGAUUAUGACAGAUCCUUCGACAGGGAUAUGCGAGGAUUUCAACGACAAAGCUAUCCACGCCAUGCAGUCAGUGAUACAUGCUCAACCAAAGUAUGUAUCAACAACUCUAACUCGAAGUGGAAUUGUGUCCAUUGAAACACCUGAUGAAUCAACGAGCGUUCAGUCGAAUGAUACCCGUCUUAUACCCCUAGGACCUGACGAGGAACAUCAACUCGAUGGCUCUCUGGGCGAUAGUGAUUGGGAGAGAGAUACUUUGGUUCAGGACAGCACGCGGCAUACAGUUCCACCCCCUCAGCGAGUUGACACAUCAGACGUGGAUGACUCUGAGGAUAGCGGAUUCCUAUUUGCAAAAGCAGCUCACCGAUCUGCUUCGCCAAUGGUGAACCCUAUCAUAUCCACUCCGAGACAGACAGCUGCAAGCGUUCACAUCUCAUUGUCACCUGAACAUGAGGAUCCAGUUGAAGCGGACUCCGAGUAUCUCCGGAUUCUACACAGUGCUGUUACCCAUGCAAGAAGAGCCACUUUCCCAAGUCGAGGCACAUUCGAUAUGACAGCGCUCGCUGCCAGUCUUCGUACCGAAGUAGAUACCGACAACCCGGAGAAUAUUUCAGCCUCCGCUCAUCAGAAAAGACCGAGCGAGACAAGAAGAUUGGCGCAGCAGGAGAAUUAUUCGUAA